AUGGCACUCCAAGAGUGUUGGUUGAAGGGCGUUGGAUGGGAUGACAGUCUGCCUGAAGACAUCCAUAGAGGUCUCAAAGAAUGGGCGAUGGAGCUCUCCCAAGCGGAGAAUGUGAAGAUUCCCCGUUGCUAUCGCAGUCGACCGAUUCAAGACGUAGAGGAGAUGACACUCCACACCUUCUCUGACGCUUUCCACCAGGCCUACGGAGCAGUGGCUUACCUGAGGUAUCAGUACACCGAUGGAGCGAUUGAAGUGGGCAUGGUGGCUUCAAAGUUCAAAGUCACCCCCCUGCACAACGUCAGCAUUCUUCGUCUCGAGCUAAUGGCAGCCGUGAUCGCCGCCCGCCUCGCCGAGGUCGUGUCCAGGAAUGUUACAUGCCCAAUGUCUAAGUUUAAGUUCUGGACUGACAGUACAGAUGUCGUCCAUUGGGUAAGGGCACAGUCACGCCACUACAAGGCGUUUGUCACGAACCGUGUGGCUGUUUUGCAUGAGAAGACACAACCAUCCCAGUGGGAUCACGUGCCCGGAACCCUGAAUCCCGCUGACCUCGGAACCAGAGGGAUGCGGUUAAAGGAAAUGGUGCCUGAUAAUGUCUGGUUCAAGGGACCCAAGUUCCUACACGAGGGGGAGGAAGCAUGGCCAUCUGCUUGUACCAGUGUGGUCAGCUCACCUACUGAUGAAGCUGCAGUAGAGACCCGGACUUCUGCAGCAGUCUUCCAGGCCCAAGUCACAGAGGCACUGAUUGACCCACAGAGAUAUCACAGUUGGUUGAGACUGAAAAGAGUCACAGCCUGGAUUUUUCGAUUUAUCAAGAAUCUGAAGAGCAGGCUUCCCAAGUACGCUGACUGGGGUCAUCCCGUAGCGUGCAAGCCUGACAACAUGAUUGGGACGAGACAAGAGAGACAAGAACCAGAACCCUUGAUAGUCAAGGAACUUGCUCAAGCAAGCAUUUAUUGGCUGAAACAAGCACAGCAGGAGAGAUUUGCUGCAGAUAUUGCCUGUCUUGAAGGAGGCAAGACAGCAACUGGAAGAUUGUGA